CAGGUCACUCUGGAACAAUGAAAUUUGAGAUCGUCUGCAUAAGGUACAGCGUUUGCAUAUGGUAGUUUCAGGUUGCUUAUUCUAUACAUCAACACAAGGCGUCUAUUUUCAGAAGCUGAAAAAUCGUAUGUUGCUUUAUCUUUCUAUUUUAUUCGAAAAACAUCGAUGACCAUUUUAUUUUGAAACAGAUAAUAAAUGUUAAUACUUAUUACAGUGUCAUCGUCAUUAACAAACGUUGAUGAACAUCAAGGAGAUAUUCCAAUGACUACAACUGUCUUAACAACAUUGGUAUCGAAAUCUGUUAGUGAUUGCUACAACGCCGAAACACACGGUCACGAUUAUAUUGGUAAACGCAGUUAUUCAAGAUCUAAUUAUUCAUGCCUUUUAUGGUUUACAAAAUCUACUGCACAUACGUUUGAUGAAUUUCCUGAUGGAAGUUUAUUUGAGGCAAAAAAUUAUUGCAGAAAUCCUGAUAAUGAAAUUGGUGGUCCAUGGUGCUAUGUAAACGAGGGAGCAUUAAAUUGGGAAUUCUGUGAUAUUCCAUUAUGCGGUAGAUAUAUAUGA